AUUUAAAGUUACGAAUCGUCUGAAUAAACAACUUCUCUACAAGCGAAACUCCGAGCAUUUGGAAGGGGCACCGCUAUUAUCUGUCUUACCUGAAUAGGUAGUAGACAGUCGUCAUGGCAGACCCUCUGCUAACGUCGCUUUGUACCAUCUGCCACAUCCAAACACCUAAAUACAAAUGUCCUCGAUGCGCAACGAGAACAUGUUCCUUGGCAUGUGUGAAGAAGCAUAAGAAAUGGUCAUCGUGCAAUGGAGAGCGCGAUCCGACCGUAUACAUACCACGAGAGAAGUUGAAGACCGAUGCUGGUAUCGACCACGACUACAACUUCCUAACGAAGAUCGAGAGAUCAGUGGAGCGAACCGAGAAGAUAUUAAGAGAAGAGAAGGAGAUAUUACCACAGGAGGACAACACUUCGCGGCCCCCGCCUAACAAACGAGCACGCCUCCAUAAGGGACAAAGUAGAGGAAGGGUUACUUUGGAGGAAAGCUCGCGAAGAUGGGAUAGGAACUCGAUACAACGGAUGCGACAGCUGGGCAUCAACGUCUCAUCUCUUCCCUAUGGAAUGGCUCGGGCGAAAGAAAACAAGACAAGCUGGAACAAGCGCACUAGGACUAUGAAUUGGCAGGUGGAAUGGCUUGAGUGGAAAGAUAUUACUCUUAUCGAAGGAGACAACAGCCAAGACAAUAACCAAAAGCCGUUGAGACUCUUGCAUAAAAUGCUGGACGAAGUACCUCUCUACAUCGGGUUUGCAGAGACUCAAGAAUACCACCGUCAGCGACAACUUAGCGAUCAAGAGCGCGCGAGGGAGAAGAAACAGAAAGCUUCGGAAGAAAAGAAAAUACUCGCCGGAAGCGUCCAAGACGUGGCCACAACUGCUUGGAGUGGUGGAGAAUGUGCGACGCAAGACUCAAGCACGACUACGUGGAACAAUAAGACUCUAGGGUCCCACAUAAGCGAGGAACUGAAGGACAAGUAUCGGUUCUUCUAUCUCAAGCCGAGGACACCUUCGAGAGAAUCGCAAAAACUUGUCCCCUUACGACCGACAGACAACCUGACCAACAUUCUGCCCGACCUCGAUCUUGUGGAAUUUCCCACUAUCUGUGUGCUACCAGGUAACUCGGCAGCUAUCCCCGAUGGAUACGUCGUGGUGGAAGAGAAAGUGGGAAGAUCUAAAAAACGACAAGGCACUAGCCUCGUCGAAUAUCUAAGCGAGGAGGAGGAGGGUGAGAAUAUAGACGAGGAAAACAAUGGGCAAGUAGACGAUGAUACCACAAGCAGCUCAGGUUCAGAUUCUUCCGACAUAUCUGACUAGGUACUUGGUUAAUAAUAAUAUUUCCGAAGCCAUUUCUGUAAAAAGUUGUGUGUUAAAAUGCUUGUGGCUGUUCAGGACCUAUCAUUGAUUGCGGCCAUAUUAUUCUCGUAGAUUUAACUAAUAAUGUUCAUUAUUAUAAAUAUUUAGGGGAAGUAGAGUAGCAAUCCAAUAUGUGAGUGAUCUCUCGGGGAUUAUGUGACGAAAUCGUGGUUUUUGAGGGAACACACAUCGUAUCCCAUACAGGGCAAAUAAAUCAAUAUUAAGUAGUACUACUACCUGUAUAGUAUAAUGAUAAUGAUAUUGACCAUUUUGAAAUUAUCAAAUAUG